UUGGCCGGGUUUGCGUUGACCACUGUGCGAUAGGGGGCGGUAGAGCGCCACUGUUUCACUUCCGCUCUCAAAGAAGAAGAACCUUAUUUUGAAACGUAAUGUGUGGAGGGAGAGAAACUCACUUUCUGAUUAUUUUUAUAUAUAGUAAAGGGAUUUAAAAACUCAGUGUUUUAAGUCGGAUACUUUUUAUCGUUGAAUUUUAAGCUCGCCCCAUUUGUGUAUCAAGUUUAGCUAGCUGCUCGUGGCUAAAAGCGAUGUCCUCAUCGUGGACGGAGAGGCAGGGACAUGUUGGAGACCUGAGACAUCAGAGCAAAGAGGAGCUCCAAGAUCUGCUGCUGCGACAGGAGAAAAUUCUUUCGAACAAAAAGCUGUUACAGACUCUUCCGGACAAAGGGAACAAGAUCAAAGACUUUGUGGAGAAAGUUCGUUCCGCCAUUGAAGAGCGGUGUGAAGAGGAGAGGAGGCAGAGUUUGGUUUCUGCAGCCAGAACAGAACUACAGUCCAAAUAUCAGCAAGCUUUCCAGCAACGUGCUGUCUCUGCCACAUCAGGGGCCUCACUUCAGGACAAAAAACAUCAGGAUGCUGCAAGCAAUCCUCCUCAGGUCAGAGAGACCUUAUGUGUCUCUGUUCAUGUUCAGGACAACUCCACGCUGCUGGACCAGUGUGUCUCCAGACCUGCUGCCGUUGAAGUCAUGGAGAUGGCUGCAGCUGAAACUCCUGUGAAUUCUGAUGGAACAAAAGAGGGUGAACUCAUAAAGGCCUUGGGUGGGGUCACGUUGUCUGGUGCUGGUGAAUCUCAAGACCAAAAAAGUCACAGAGUAAAAGACAAUUACUUUCUACGAAAGCAGCCACCAAACAAGCCCCACUACGUUAGCGUCCUGGAAAAGAGUGAGACAUCCACACCCUCCAGAAGGGAAAAAUUCAAACCAAAUCAACCUCUCCAUAGAAACAGCGUUUCUCCAUCGGGGUCUUUGUCACCUGAUCUGUCAUCUGGAACUGCAUCGCCUCUUUCUUCUCAGGCCAGGAAGGAGCGGGACAGGAAACACCUGGAUGACAUCACUGCUGCCAAACUCCCUCCUCUCCACCACAGUCCUGCUCAACUUCUGUCACUGGAUGAGUCGGCCGUCCUCCUAAGAGAACAAACUAGGAAGCAGCAGGAGCUGCAGGCCAAGCUGGCAGCCCAGAAACUGUCUGAAGGACUGAAGAUCUCUAUGGGGAGCUACACUCCUGACGGUGGCCCCAUGGCCGCCUACAGAGAAGUUCACGACGAAGGAGCCCACCUCUCCUCGGAGGAGGACUGAUCCUGGUGGAACCGGCUGGGAAAUCCAACAGGAAAAAGGUUUUGGAUCUCGUGAUUAGGAACCAUCAAACAGGAUUUUAUUUCCAAGUGCGAGAGCUCUUAAAGACAGGAAAGCACUUUCCACAUGGUGUGAAUAGUCUUCUCUCCAGGAAACCGAAUGUCAGGUUAAGAAACAAGAAACUAGCUCACUUAAUUACUAUUCAGUUCAAAUUGGGUUCAUUUGGUUCAAAGUCUUACUGGUAAAGUUUUUGUCCACCAGGAGCACGUAUCACCAAGAGAAACGCUUUCUUAAGAUACGCAGAUGAAUUUAAAUCGCAUCAGCUGGUUUAAAUGCAAAAAGACUGAAGGAGCCUGUAAUCGUUUGUGCUACAAGAUGUACAUCUGAACUAAAUAAAUUCAUCUAAUUUUUCAAA